AUUAGAUGGUCUGUCUAAUCUAAUUAGAACACUGACCAAAGAAGAUUGUACAAAGAAACUAGGGUUUUGAAUCCAUCGUCUUCUAUUUUUAAGUAUCUGUUUUGUCUUCAAAGGUAGUGAUGGAUACUAAUAAUUGGAGGCCGGCACAAGGUGGUGUACCCGCAAUGGAAGUGGGCGAUUGGAGGACUAAUUUCCCAGCAGAGGCGCGACAAAGGAUUACCAAUAAGAUAACGGAGACUUUGGAGUGGCAUCUUCCCUCUAAAGGACAAGAGGGACUACAAGAACUUAAGAAAAUUGUUGUAAGGUUUGAGGAAAAGGUCUAUACUGCUGCACUAAGUCAGUCUGAUUAUUUGAGAAAAAUAUCUAUGAAAUUGAUGUCAAUGGAGAUCAAAUCGCAAAAUACAAUGGCUGAUUCUGUGCAAUCCAACCCCAUUGGUGAUAGCAAUAUUCCCCCAGAUACAGAUUGAACUCUAAAUCAAAUUGAAGUUGAGCACUCUGAAUGAUGUUGAGCUGCAAUUACACUAAAGCUUGAGAAUAUUACUUGAAUGAGAAACAUGUGUGUACCAGGGGAGUCCUUAUUCCUGGGGAUCUUUGUUUCAAUAUAUAUAUAUAUAUAUAUAUAUAUAUAUUUUCUCUCUUAAAUUUAUUUGGAACUUAUUCACAGUAUAAAUUCUCAGCAAUUUUUGUGUCUUUUUUUUUUUCAAACCAAUUUAAGUUUUCAUUCUUAUGGGUAAAGAAUCCCACGUGCAACACAAGUGCACCUUUACUAGUGUGUGUGUAUAUUUGUUGACCUAUUGGGUUUGUUAAAGCAAUAUUCCAUAAUCCACCAUCGUAAA